GCCGCUUGACUGUCAGAGAAGAAGAUUGUCAGGAGGCUGACAGGAGAAGGCUGGUAUUUGCAGGAAUUCCUCGCAUUAGAAAAUCCUCGGCCCACCUUUGGAGUUGUCGGCCAAAAUGUCAUCGGUGGAGUGUUUGAGGAGUUUUGUGCUGGAGAGACUAACAGCUGCCGCUGAAGAGAUAUUUGGAGUUUUUAAAAGAACUAUCGUCGAGUAUGAAGAAGAGCUCGACCGUCAGCGCAGACUGCUGGAUAACGUUUGGACACCCGGACUAAAAACACAUGGGAUAGGUAUGAAAAACUCCCAAUAACAUAAAAGUAGUCAGUUCAUUUGUAUACCUUUACAGCUGUUAGGAUGUCACCUGUGUGGAUUUGUCCUCACGUCCACUUUCCACCUUUUUAUGACUAGUGUCUUUCUUGGUUUUGUGUUCCCCCAGGGCUCCCACAGCAACAGAUCUGUAAGGAGGAGGAGGAGGACCAGCAGCUGUGUAACCAGGUGAAGGACACCAGUCUGGUCCAAGAGGACCCAGAUCCUCUGCAAAUUAAAGAGGAAGAGGAGGAACUGUGCGGCAGUCAAGAAGGAGGGCAUCUUGAACUGAAACAGGAAGUUGAUACCUUUGUGUACACUCCUACUUAUGAAGAGGGUGUUGACACUGAUCCAGAGCUGAAAAGUGACCACCAGCUCCUUUCUCUGGACUCUGACACAGCUGAGAGCCAGGAUCACCUUGAGGGCGAGGAUGAAGUUUCUGAGUCCGAGAGAUAUGCUUUGUCUGAGUCAAUAACUCAACACCGGUUAUCCAAAAGUGACAGUGAGGAUGCACACAGCUUGUCAGAAAGUCACAGUAAUACUCCAAAAAGUAAAAUUCAAUUCAAAUGUGACACCUGUGGAAGAGCUUUUAAGUUUAUGUCGCUUUUGCAGAGACAUGUAAGCAUUCACACAGGUGAGAGGCCGUUUUCAUGCAAAACCUGCGGGAAAGAUUUCAGACUUAAAGGCUCCCUCAAAGUCCAUAUGAGAAUCCACACAGGUGAGAAACCCUACCUCUGCAAAACAUGUGGGAAAAGAUUCAGUGACGUGUCGCUCUUUAGAAAACACGCAAAAAUCCACCUGGGUGAGAAGCCUUACCUGUGCGAGAUCUGUGAGAAACGAUUCCCCCACAUAUCAGCUUGGAAAUCCCACAUGAGAGAGCACACAGGUGAUAAGCCGUACACCUGUGACACCUGUGGAAGAGCUUUUCAAUUUGUGUCACUUCUACAGAGACACGCAAGCAUUCACACAGGCGAGAGGCCGUUUUCAUGUGAAGUGUGUGGGAAAGAUUUUAGACUUGACAGUGCCUUAAAAGCCCACAUGAGGAUUCAUUCAGGUGAGAAGCCUUACCUGUGCAAAACUUGUGGAAAAAGAUUCAGCGACGUGUCUUUUUUUAGGAAGCACACACGAAUCCACACAGGCGAGAAGUCGUACCAGUGCAAGUCAUGUGAGAAAGGAUUUUAUUGCAUGUCGGCUUUGAAAGCUCACAUGAAAGUCCACACAGGUGAGAAACCAUUUACCUGUGAGACAUGUGGAAGAGCCUUCAGCUUUAAAGAAAACUUGGUCGUGCAUGUGAGGCGAGCCCAUACGGGUGAGAAGCCGUUCCAGUGCAAGAUAUGUGGGAAAGGACACUAUCGUAAAUGUGAUUUAAAGAGCCACAUGAGGACUCACACAGGUGAAGACGUCUAAAUCUCAAGAGCAUGCAAUGAGUUUGGAUGGAGUGAGGGAAAACAUUCACAUGAACAUCUUUGAAUAAGACAAAGAAAAGCUGGAACAGGAGAGCUUAUACUGUUAAAAUAAUUGUCACCUGCCAAGUGUUACAAAUAAUUAGUAGCUACAUCUUCUAAACCAGAUGUAAAGUGUUGCUACAUUUUGCAAUAUGUUAAUACUGUAGUCUAGCAUUCACUACGUUAUGCCUGAAUUACUUGUGUAUGUAAUAUAACCAGCAGCUCUGUUGGUCUUACAGAAAAAUGUUGGUUUCAAUAAUAGUAUGACUCUGAUGAUAUAUGUAUGUGCCAAAUUUCUAUUUAUAAAAAUCUUUUUUAUAUAUAUUUUUAAGUAUUUAAAAUCCAUGUACCUAAGGUAUUUAAGAGUGUGACAUGCAGUUUCCAGCUAUAAGCAUGAUUUAACAUUGAAGAGAAAAUUACGUCAAUGAUUUAAAUCACUGUAAAUCCACUAAAUGUAAUCUGUAUUUGUACAAUUUUUUAUCAACAUGUCAGCAUUUAUGUGACUAAAAAGUCUGGAAAUGAAAAACUCUGUUUAAUUAAGAACUUUAAAAUACAUACCGGUGAAAGCCA